AUGGGUCUCUCCAGCUGCCCGACUGUUUGUGCCGGGUCUGGCGUGAUCCAGGUCCGAGCGACGAGUUCCACCCCGUUCAUCGAGGCCCUGUUGCCGCACGUCAAGGCCUUCUCCUACACCUGGUUCAAUCUGCAGGCGGCCAAGCGGAAAUACUUCAAGAAGCACGAGAAGCGCAUGAGCCUGGAGGAGGAGCGCCGGUGUAAGGAGGAGCUCCAGAGCGAGAAAGCAGAGGUGAAGCAGAAGUGGGCGUCAAGGCUCCUCGGCAAGCUCCGCAAAGACAUCACACAGGAGUGUCGCGAAGACUUCGUCCUCUCUGUAACAGGCAAGAAGCCGGUGUGGCGGCUGGACCUGGUCAUGGUGAUCCUCUUCAAGGCCAUCCCGCUGGAGUCGACUGACGGCGAGCGGCUCGAGAAAUCGCCCGACUGCAUGCACCCGCAGCUCUGCGUCAACCCCUACCACAUCAACAUCUCGGUCCGCGAGCUCGACCUCUACCUGGCCAACUACGUCCACCGGCCAGACGCCGUCUCAGGCAACCCGUGCGACGCCACGGAUCUGGAGAACGACGAGCGGUUCGUCAGCAAAGGCCACCACCACCCGUCCAUGUACCUUCAGCAGUGGAACGGAGCAGACCUCAGCGGCUGCUUCCACUACGGUCACUACAACCACAACCCGUACACGGGGGUGCUGCCAAACGACACGGUCAUGACCACGGGCGUGUUCUCGUCGUCCGAGCUGUGGCGCCUCUCUCGGGGCUCGAUCGUCUCGCCGAACGGCAUCAGUCCGGCCACACUGACCACCAUCAAGGUGGAGAACUCGUCCGUCAACUACUACUGCAGCAGCUACACGCCGCCGGCGCCCGACCACCACGGCCUGCUCGUCUCCGGCGCCUACUCGGGUGGCGGCGGUGGCGGAGGCGGCGGCGGCCUGGCGAUGCCUCGCACCUCGCACAGUCCGGCGGCCGAGCCGCGCGUCAAGCGGCUGCGGCGGCUCAGCUCGGACGAGGAGCGCGACCGGCAGGCCGAGAUCGGCUACUACGGCCAGUCGCCCGUCUCGCUGGCCUCCCAGGGCUCGUGGCACGCCGACGUCGACCACAGCACGUUCGCCGCCGCCGCCCUUCCCCUCGUGCGCGCCCCCUCAUCGGAGCCCUCAGGCCAGGAGCACCGGCCGGCCGGCAGUCCGCACCACAGAGAAGCCGGCCUCUCCAACAUGAUCCUGCCGAGCGCCAGCUACUACCAGGAGUCGGAGCACAGCCCGGGCAAGUACCAGGAGAACGGGCACGACACCUUCUCCGACUUCGUCACGCUGGUGUGCCAGGAGGCGCAGAACACGCAGCCGCAGACGUGGAAGUCGUCGACCAUAACUAAAGCUAACGACAGCCGUCUGCUCUGGAAGGAGGGCAAGGCGUCGGUGCCCACCGGCACGCUGUCCGUCUCCAGCGCCGCCGGCCGCCAGCACAAGUACUACAACAGCAGCAUGCUGCCUCCGCCGCCGCCGCCGCCCAUGGCGCGGCCGGUGGCCAUCAUCCGCUCCACGGCGGACGUCACCUGCGGCAGCGAGGCCUCGCCGCCGUCGGCGCACGCCGUCUCGCCGCACGCCGUCUCGGUCGUCAUGGAGACGGACGCCGCCGGCGAGCGCAUGACGUCGCCGCCGAGCAGCUCCAGCAACGGCCAGGCCAGCCCGGAGCCGGCCGGCCGGCGCGGCAGUCCCGUUAUCACGCUGGUGCAGCACGCGGUGACCGGCCAGCUGUACACGUACACCAGUAUUCCCGGCUCGGUGAGCCCGACCAACAUGGCGCUGUACACGUCGCCGCCGCGCUCGGCCGCCAGCAGCGUCGUGCGGAUGUCGACGGGUUCGACCGGCGGCGGCGGCGGCUCGGGCACCCCCAGCGCCUCCGGCGGCGGCCGCUGGAACCAGCACUUCAUCCUCGAGGAGAAUGUCGACUACGGCAUGAUGCAGAGCCUGCUGCCGGCCACCGCCGGCUCCGACGUGCCGUCCGGCAUCAUCGAUGACGAUCGGUACUUCAGCUCGGUGGUGCACGCGGCCGACGCCCUGGAGUCGGCGGCCGGCUCGGCGGCGUCGGCGGCGGCCGGCGCGUCGCCAGCGAGCCAGCCGCCAGCGUCGCCGGCCGCCAAGUCGCAGCCCUGAGCCGGCGGCCCGGUA